CCUAAUUAGAGUUUUUUGUUGUUGUUUUUUUCUCUCCCUCUUACAGAAAGGGUCCUCAUCGGUUGCUCCAGUUCACAUUGUCAAUGAUGAGUCAGCUGACAAGACUAAUUUGGGCUUUAUUCAUGCAUUUGUGGCUGCUAUAUCAGUCAUCAUCGUAUCAGAACUUGGGGAUAAGACCUUCUUCAUAGCAGCCAUCAUGGCAAUGCGGUACAACCGUUUGACUGUACUGGCUGGUGCUAUGCUUGCCUUGGGACUGAUGACGUGUUUAUCAGUUUUGUUUGGCUAUGCCACCACAGUUAUUCCUCGUGUGUACACAUACUAUGUGUCAACGGCACUGUUUGCAAUUUUUGGCAUCCGAAUGCUUCGGGAAGGCUUGAAAAUGAGUCCAGAUGAGGGUCAGGAAGAGCUGGAGGAAGUUCAAGCAGAAAUUAAAAAAAAAGACGAGGAACUUCAGAGAACUAAACUGUUAAAUGGGCCAGGAGAUGUGGAAUCAGGGCCAGGCACCACUAUACCUCAGAAGAAGUGGCUACAUUUUAUUUCUCCAAUCUUUGUUCAAGCUUUUACUUUAACGUUUUUAGCAGAAUGGGGUGAUCGUUCCCAAUUAACAACCAUAGUCUUGGCUGCCAGAGAGGACCCCUAUGGUGUGGCAGUAGGAGGAACAGUGGGACAUUGCCUAUGCACUGGCUUAGCAGUUAUCGGAGGGAGAAUGAUAGCACAAAAAAUUUCUGUUAGGACUGUGACAAUUAUAGGAGGCAUCGUCUUCUUAGCAUUUGCAUUUUCUGCACUAUUUAUAAGUCCAGACUCUGGUUUUUAAAAUUUUUCAUCGCUGCAAAAGAACAAGGAUUGGAAGCAUCAAGCAGCUAUCCUUGUGCAUUUUUGUAUAUAAUGUACAGAAUUAUAGUUAAAGAAGCACUGAAGAUGAGACACUGAACUUUUUAUAGCGAAUGAUUCAUGGGACUGACACAUUUAUGGACAGCUUCUGCAGUGGAGAUCUGCUUAUUGGCUGGUUUGUUUAUUCUGUGGUGCCUGCUCUCUUGGUGGGAUUUGCGUGGUUUUCUUGCUUGCUGGACCUGGCUCAGCUGAGUUUUUUGAGGAUCUACUCUCCUAAGUAUUGAGGCUUCCUCUUCUCUUCCUUUGUUACACAUGGCCACCUUUCCUGUUUCUUCAAGAGCUGAUUCGUAAGGCUUCUCGAAGCAGACCGUGUCUUGUUCCAUGUUGCUCAACAGAUGGUGUUAAGGAGAAAACUGCUGGCUCCCACCUCCAAGGACUUCGGUUCCAGGGUGCGCUUGAGGCUGGAUCAUCUAAGCAACGAGAAACCUGGGAGCAGUUCCUGUACCAUUCAGUGGCUGAGCCACCAACAGAGAAUUUUGUAAACUUAAUUUAGAGGGAAAACUUCUUAAUCAGGGAUUUUUAUCAGGAAAUUGAUGU